AUUAGUCUCCUUUUAACGGCUAAAAUUGAAAUGAAGGUUGUCGUAAUCGUUGCACUAAUCUGGAGUGCAGUUUUAGUUGCGGGAACUCAACACAAUUUCCAGGAAGAAAGACACGACAGAAGGGAAGCACGGUAUCCUCCGAAAAUGAUUUACGUAAAUCACCGGGACCGAGAUGCAUAUUAUGGCGACCAAUAUGACCAACCCAGAGAUGAGACACGACGACGCGGAGAUUAUGAAAAUGUUGAAAAUGCCAGAGAUGAAGCAGACUUGGUUAUGUCUUUCAUUAAAACGAUCAUAAAAAGCAUAGAUUUUAUACCUGCCAGGAAAGAUAACACAAACUGGGAUGGAUAUCAGAGAGACAGACGUAUGAAUGGAGGAGAUAGAGGAUAUACAAGUGACAGUAGAGAUAAUACAGAAUGGGAUGAUUAUCAAAGGGACAGACGAAUAAAUAGAGAUAGAGGAGGUUAUACACUGGGAGAUAAUACAGAUUGGGAUGAAUAUCAAAGAGACAGGCGAAUGAAUACGGGGGAUAUAGUUAAUAUGCCCGAACAAAAAGAUAGUACAGAUUGGGAUGAACAUGAUAUGAGCAGACGAAUGAAUAAAGCUGACAAUGUUGGUAAUGCAGAAUGGGAUGAAUACCAAAGGGAAAGAAACGGGCUAAUGAAUCAAGUGCAAUCGUAUGUUCCGAAUAAAAAAUUUGGGCAGAACAAUUAUAACCAUGGAUCAGUCGAACAAAUUUAUAAUUGGCAAAGCUCAAAAAGUGACAGAAUGAGAGAAAAUAAUGAAGAUGGGUACGGCAGUAGUUAUACCAGCAAGGUGAAUAGAAGAGACAGCGAAAUGCACUCGCAAGAUUAUCAGUACGGAAGAAAUGCAGCAGAAUGGAACAAACAGACUGAUCAGCAAGAUCGUGAUAUUUUCGUUGAAUAUGACGAGUAUCCUAGUCGUGAUUAUUAUGAAAAUUCCGAAGACUACAAAACAAGAAAUUGGAUCAUGCCAGACGACCUGUGGGACAAUGUAAACAGUGAAAGGUAUCUUUCCCUUAGUGACGACGGUACCAGAUUGAGUGACUGGAUCGGAGAACUGAGCGUAUGGAAGACUGUUAUGGAUGGAUGGCAUGAAGUAAUGCAAGGAUGGGUAAGGUUAAUGGGUGAAUGGAACAAAUUGAUGAAUGGAUCAUUUGUCGGUUGGAGUGGAGAGUCAAGGUACAGCGAUGAGAAUGAUGGACAAAGUAGUGACAAAUAUCAAACUACCAAUCCUAGUAGAAUGAGCACGUUCAAAGGCGUAAACACUGAAAAUCACGAAAAUAGCGGCGGACAAAAAAGUUCAUCAAAUCGUAUCACCGGUACAGAAAAUAGGUAUGUCUGGGUGGAUGAUAUGGCAACUUCAGAUAGCGCAGAUGGUGUCGGCGACGGAUGGUCAGAAUAAUAAGAUGAAAACUAAAUACUGUACUAGUGUACUAUUGUAUUUAGCAGUUGCUUUCAAGCUUUAGUACGACUCCAAAUCAUAAAAAGUUUCUGAUAUAUAUAAAUAUAAAAAAAAAUUUUAAAAAUAAAUAACGCAUUUUUUGCCCCAAUCGCAUAUAUCGUUUUAACUGGCUUAUAUUUAGUAACAUUCAACUUCGUGCAUUUGUCUAAAUAGGGUCGUCCCAUUUAUUUUAGGCACCAUUUGGGGAAAAAAGGAUGAGUUUCCCUAUGAAUAACUGUGCCUGCCCAAAUAAAUACUUGGUGUAUUUUUGACAUUUUGAGUUGAAUAUUGUUGAUAAAUCCGAAAUUUUUAGAAAAAUUUUCUGUAAAAUAGAUCUUUAAAUGUUAAUAAAUAUUG